UCAACAUAUCGAUACUAUCUUUUUACCUUGAAACGCCUGCAUAGCAUAUCAUCCACGUACAUCGAAAAUGUUGAAGCUACGUAACCUCUUGGCCGUCGGCAAAAGCAACAACAACGCUGUCCGCUCCCUAUCCACCAGUGGUACCUCCCACGAUUCAGAAUCAUGGAUCUCAAAACUGCUCGUUCGGAAAAUAGAGCCUACCAAGGAGUCGCACAGUCGAAUGCUUAGCGAUAAGGAAAUCAUAUAUGCCUUACAUACACACAACGUCAGACCCGAUGCGAUGAGCAAUUACUUGAAUAAUUACAAAACUACAGUGGCUUUGAUUAAUGACAAAAAGGCAAACCUUUCGUGCGAUUUGGUGGCAUCAUGGACUGUGCAAGUGGGGGACAUGGAUCAAUGCUUACACCUCUGGAAGUAUACAGGAGGCUUUGAGAAAAUAGACCAGGCUAAAGAAGACCUUUGGAACGAUCCAGAGUACCUCAGCUUGAUGCAAGAGCGUUCGAAGUUUUUGCGCUCCCGUCAUUUGCAAUAUCUCUUGGCUUUCAGCUACUGGCCGCAGAUUUCCAGUCGUACCGGCAAGAACAUUUACGAAAUGCGUUCAUACCGACUGACCCCUGGCACCAUGAUUGAGUGGGGAAACAACUGGGCCCGUGCCAUCAACUAUCGCAAGCAUAACAACGAAGCCUUCGCCGGAUUCUUUUCGCAGAUCGGAAGACUGUACAAUGUUCAUCACAUUUGGUGUUACAAAUCUUUGCAGGACCGAAAAGAGACUAGGGAAGCGGCCUGGCGAUCCCCCGGCUGGGAUGAGUGUGUGGCCUACACGGUACCAUUAAUCCGAGACAUGCACUGCCGCGUCCUUGCGCCAACUGAGUUCUCGCCCUCACAAUAAUUGGCGGGCGGCCCAUGUUUUCGCGAUCUGAUAAAAUGAAGCUUACCAUCGCCUGAUCAAAUCUGCUGUGAAACUUCGAGAACGUUACUUCGCCUCUUUUCCUGUUGAAUAGUUAUUGUAAAGUUAUUGUAAAUAAUGCCAGCAAUAUGCAAUCAUUUAUUUUUUUUUUAGUUUAAGGUCAAAGUGAAAAUUUGUUCCCACAUUUUUACAAGCCACUAUUUGUGUAUCGCUUACGACCAUUGAAUUUAACAAAACCAAUUAUGUUUUUAUAAAAUAAAGCAAUUAUAAAACUGAA